CCAGCCCUUGUAGCCUGCGGACUGGCCAAAAUUGGACUAGGUGAUGCAACGUACGGUCGCGAUGCCAUUCCAUAUAGUCCCACUGAACGCGAAGCCAUCUAUGAAAACCCUGCCGUCCAAGUCACUCGUCGCCGUGUCUAUCUCAGUCGCGGCAUACCUAUACUAGACAUGUCCCUUGGUUCUGGCAAGCGCCCGCUGCCAUUCAUGUACAAUGGGAUGCGCGUUGAUGCGUGGAUCAAUUACUAUGUUUGGGAGAUGCCUGAGGCAGUUCGGCAGCACGGUCUCAAUGCGGACGUGUAUUUAGUUCAUGGAAUCAAUGAGUACUCCGGGCGCGUUAUUCCUCAAGCAUUAGUACACAUGAAGCACGGAUUUCGCACGAUCGCUAUCGAUAUGCCAACAUACGGACGAUCAUCUGGGCUUCAUUCGCAUCUUCCUACGUUGCGCCUGAAUGAGGGGGCUUUAAGCGCGGUCAUGGCACAUGUGCGACUGUGCGAUGAAAACGACCAGGUCCCCCACUUCGAUAAGCGCUAUCGCCUAGCCCAAGGUGGCUCUAUGGUCGAGCUUUACGCACGCAAAGACAACCAGUCCUACCACGGUCUUGUUCGAGUGGAUACAGGUCUGGCAGUUCUAUCCGGCCUUGAACAUCUCAACCAGAUCGCUGAAAAUAUCCAGUGCCCCAUUGCCAUUCACCACGGCUCCCACGACCGCGUUACGGACCCGGAAGGUUCUCGCAUCUUUUUUGAUCGCCUACAUGUUCGCGACAAAACACUCCGCAUUUGGCCUGGCUGGGAACAUGGUAUGUCGGGCAACUAA